UCAUAAUAUUUUGUUUGUUUCUGUUUCUGAAAGUUUUCUGGUUGUUGUUUAUCUACUGUUAUAAAUUGUUGACUGUUGUACGAAAAACCAUCUAGUUCAUCGAAAAGUAUAGAUAUUUGAUAGUCCAUUAUAAAAAUUGUACAAAUAGGUUGCCUAGGUACCUUAACUAUAGUGCUCACAGAAAACUGUCGUCAGUAUGACUAGUAUUGACCAAUAUAGAAUAUUUAUUGACAAUUUGCAAAAUGAAGAUCAAAGACCGCAAGCCCUCAAUGAUUUAAAAACUUUGCUCAGUUUCACGUCCCCAAGUGAAGCUAUGCCCGUUAUACGUGAUGUUGGUAUAGCGAAAAUAUUGGAGUGUCUUAAUGUCACUGAUAAGACUCAUCUCGAUCUCACUUGUGAAGUUCUUAAAAUAUGUUUUGACAUGUUUGAUGCUGGGGAUGUUGUUAGAAAUUAUAUCUCAUACAUGAUGUACUUAUUGAGACAUGAUAAAAGUUAUGUGAGGCAACUUGCCAUUGAUGUGAUUUAUAAAGCCAUAGCAAGUGAUGUUACAAAAUUACCUGUUCCCAAUUAUAUUGAUGUUUUUGUUGCUGUUUCACAAAUGGUGUGUGAAAAGGAUGUUGCAAUUGCUAACAAAGCAAUAUUGAUUACAUCUCAUUUACCAGAUGAGGCAUAUCCAAAGGUCUUGGAAGAAAUGCAGAUAGCAUUGCAGUGCAAUAGUAGCAGUAAAUGUAAUGCAUUUGAGAUAUUUGUCAACAUUUCAACAAAGUCACAAGAACUUUUUGCAUUAUGUGCAAGUCAAGGUUAUUUUGAUUUCAUGGUAAAAGAGCUUGAAAGUGAUGAUAUACUUUACCAAUUAAAUAUAUUAGAACUAUUAUCACAACUGAUUGAGAAACCCUACGCUAUGAGUUACUUUGUGAAACAUGGGGCUCUUAGAAAAAUAGUAGGAUUUCUUCAAGAACUAAGAAAUAAUCAACUUGGUGGAUUACUUACAACAGGUUAUAUAAAGUUUUUUGGGUGUGUCACCUAUCACUACUCAAAAGAAGUAAUAAAAGAGUAUCCAAUGAUUUUGGAAUAUAUUUUUGAGUCUUUUGAUUCUGCAGAUCAAAGUCUUUUACCUGUUGUUUUAGACACACUUGGAAUUAUUGGAAGUACCAUGGAGGGAAAACUUUGUUUGGUAGCAUAUGGGAGCAUAUAUACACAAACAAUUGAAAAGGUUGCUGAAAUUAUAAAAAAUAGUCCAAGUGAGCUUAAGCUGAGGGCACUUAACUGUUUUGUGAAUCUAAUUGGAGUUGAACAAGAUCCAGUAGCCCGAUCAAAACCCAUUGAUCAUAGAGUUACACUAAUGACACGUGAAUGGUUCCGAAGUCUAAGUAAACAACCUUCAGCAGCUGAAUUAUUAUUUGAAUUGUGCAAAAAUCCUUUUCCCGACCUUAAAUUUGCUGCAUUUAACCUAUUAGAUGCAGUUUGCCAACACCAAUGGGGUGAAGAAUUAGUUGCAAAUACUGCAGGGUUUAUCGAAUUCCUUCUAGAUCGAACUAUGGACAAUAAAAAAGAGUUAAAAGAAGUAAAGUAUGAUAUUAUUAAAAGACUUUCAACAUCUUCUGCUUUUGAUGAUAAUACUAUUUUGAAACUGCAGACAUAUGUAGACCAAGGGCCAUUUUAUUCAGAACCUCAACUAGAAGUCGCAAUGGAAGAUGAUUAACAAUUUUAAAUAUAUAUAUAACACUUUCCCAAUUUAAAAUUGUGUCCUGUAAUACACAUAUUUUGGAAUGUUAAAAAUGUAUACCAUUAAUUAAAAAUCCACAUACAUUAGAUAUUUUUAUUUCACUCAAUAGCAACAUGCUUUAUUACUCUGAAAUUAAGUUAAAUUUUCUAAAAUAAAUAGAAAUAUAUUCAC